AUGAGCACCAAAUCUAACGAAGACAUAGAUAAUAAAGAAGACAAGAAUAUCGAAAAAGUACUGAGAAAGGAGGAAGUAACGAUUGAGGAUGUCUCCAGUUCGAAUGCGCUGGGUGAAAGUCUGACGGAUAGUCGGAAUGGGAAGGGCGCUUCAAGGGGGAAGUACGUCCGCAGGAAUAGUAGUUCGAAGGAGCCCUCCAAGGCAGUCAAGAAGGCUUGCUUCUUCGAUCAAGAAUACUACAUCCGCGAGAUUCCAAAGUGCCCCAUUUCUGAGAUGCUCCUAAAGCGCAAAAAAAAAAAAUGA